GAUGAAGACCUUCCAGUUCAUUGUUUUAUAGACCUCCGGACGUUGUUGUGGAUCGGGUUGCAGUUUCAUGCGAUGGGCUGCAUCCAGAGCAUCAGGUGUAAGCCCAAGAGUUUCCGAGACAGCGUCAUCGUCCUGGAUCUGAACGCCUCCAUCGACUCCAGCCCCACCAUCGUGGACGAGACGUCCAGCGUGGUCCUGCGCUACAGGACGCCGCACUUCCGAGCCAACGCGCGGGUCGAGGUGCCUCCUGUGGCGGCCAAAGAGACGUGGACCAUCGGCUGGAUUCAGGCGUGUAACCACAUGGAGUUUUACAAUACCUACGGGGACAAAGGGAUGUCUAGUUGGGAGCUUCCAGAUCUGCGUGAUGGUAAGAUCCAGGCCAUCAGCGACUCAGACGGAGUCAACUACCCGUGGUACGGCAACACAACAGAGACCUUCACUGUGGUAGGGCCCACCAAGAGAGAGAGCAAAUUCACCGUUAGUAUGAAUGAUAAUUUUUAUCCCAGCGUGACCUGGGGAGUCCCAGUCAGUGACAGCAACGUGCCUCUGCUUAGCAGUAUCCACCGUGACCAGAGCUUUACUACCUGGCUGGUUGCCAUCAAUCAGGCCACCUCAGAGACAGUCGUCCUGCAGACAGUCCACUGGAGGAUGCGUCUUUUCAUUGAAGUCAACCCAGAGAAGCCACUGGGUCAAAGGGCUGUUUUAAAGGAACCAGUGACCCAGGAACAGCCUCAAAAACUGUACAAGAAUGAGCUCAUACCUCCCAACGCCAUGGUCAAGCCCAACGCCAAUGAUGCCCAGGUGCUUAUGUGGCGGCCAAAGAAAGGGGACCCUGUGGUGGUCAUCCCACCCAAAUACUCACCUGUUCCUGUCACCAGACUGGCCUCAAAUACCUGAUCAGUAUCAUCUCAGUUUUUAUUUCCUUUCACUUUGCCCUUUUACAAAAAUAAUAAUAAUAAUUUAACCA